GUCACCAUAUAUGUACAUAUAUGUGACUCCGCUGGCAUUGCAACUCCAUCACAAGCCACUCAUACUUGAAGCUUGUAAGGAUUUUGUAGGUGAUCAUACCUCAAAGCUAUAGAUCAAUAAUGGGGUCUAAUGUGUUCGGCAAUCCAAUCACAACUAAAACGCUAGAGCAAAUGCCUGAAUACAUAGGCAAGAAAAUUACACGAACAGACAGAGCUCAUGUCGCCAUGAACAUGAAAAACGCAGAGGGUAAAGACGUCAAAGCCCGUGAGUUUGUCGAAGAUCUGAAAGAGAAAUGGGGCAAUGGAGUCUCUACCCUCUGCGUAAUUUACAACGCCACGGGAGACACUAUCAGACACGUUGGUAGUAAUGAUUGGUACGGACACAUCGGGGAUUCUCCGUACCCAAGUGAAAUUGCCAACGGCCAAUGGGGUGCGUUCCUCCACGUCAAAACAUCCGGUGCGUCCAGUGGAUCGGUCGCGGCCACCGUGUAUCGCGGUUUGAAUGAGGCCGGACAGGUCUGCGAUUGGAUGCUUUCGUGGUAUAAUCCAUGGAGCCGAUUGUUCGAUGAUAACCAGGCUUAUACGGAGAUCCGUGAAGGUCACCACUACGAGGAAGAUCAUUGGGAUUAUAUUUAUAACAUAUUAAAGAAUAAAGGACUGUCCUAUACUGAUAACUGGAAUGGGUGCAUUUCAUCUGUGUCCACUGGUAGUAGCACUUCACCAAUAUUUGAGGGAGUAAUGAAGUUAGUUGGUGCCUGAUCGGCAUUUCCCAGAUCGGCAUUUCCCAAAAAUUAGCAAACCUUAAUUGUUUGUGGACAAGGAUAAUUGAGGCUUCUGAGGCAGUCAUUACGUUCUUCGCUCUGUGUUUCCCAAUAAUGUGUUCUAAUGUUUGCUAUGAAAGUAUGUUUUGUAAUAAUGUUAUGAAAGAGAGCUUCUUUCUAGCUCCCAGCAGUCAGAAUGGGAAAGUUGUACUGUUAUCUUAAAGAUGUCGCUCACGCGCCAUAUGAAUAAAAUUUCUUUGGCUUCUAAUUAA